UCUACUCCAACCAUUGGGUAGUGGAGUAAAUUCAUAGAAUCAUUGAGUAGUGAAGUAAAUUCAAGAGUCCUCAGAAUCAAUCCCAGUUGUCACUUUUGGGCAUUCAUCUUCAACGCUCGCCCCGAAGUUUUUAUUCUUGAAGAUUUCUUGUUCAUCAAAUGAAUUGUAAAAUUAUUAGUUGUACACCAAAGUGUUGAUAAUAUAUCGAAGAGACGAACCAAUCUCUCUGGUUUCAGCGAAGAUGAGGCGUUUUAGGGUUUCCACCGUCGUCCGCUGUCUCCCCAAAUCGUCCUCCUUUUCCUCUGUCUCUCCGUCGUCUAUCCUGGGGCAGUCCUGCUAUCCCGCUAUCCCUGCAAACCCCAUCAAAACCCUAAUAGUCCACCGAGAAACAGCGGCCGUACAUCUGGAGCUUGGGUUCCCUCCCCGCUCUUUCCAUGGAGUUCCUGAGCGGCCGGAGGGUUCCAUCCCCGAAGACGCCAGUGGCAUAUGCAGGUUGCUGGCGGGGCAGACAGACAGCGCCGGCGUCGCCUCGGUGCUUGACCGGUCGGGCGCCACCGUGAGCACAGAGCUCGCUGAGGAGGUUCUGAAGAGGCUCGGGAAUGCCGGGAUGCUCGCGUUGGGGUUCUUUCGGUGGGCCGAGAAGCAGGCAGGGUUCCGUUACACGGCCGGAUCGUUCCACGCCCUGAUUGACGCCCUCGGCAAGAUUAAGCAGUUUAGAUUGAUCUGGUCCCUCGUGGAAUCCAUGCACAAGCUUGGUGUCCUGAGCAGAGACACCUUCCUAUUGAUCGCCCGCCGGUACGCGCGGGCGAGGAAGCCUGACGAGGCCGUCCAGGCUUUCGACCGGAUGCGGGAGUUCGGGCUCGAGCCUGGGAUCGCCGACUAUAACCGCCUCAUCGACACGAUCGCGAAGUCCCGGAACGUCGCUAGGGCUCAGAGGGUCUUCGAACAGGCCAAGAAGAAAGGGUUUCAGCCCGAUCUGAAGACCUACACGAUCCUGAUGGAGGCGUGGGGGAGCGAGAAUGAUCUGCAGAAGGUAAGAGAGAUCUACCGCGGUGUGAAGGCCGCCGGUUUCGAGCCCGACGUCGUCACCCACGGCAUCCUGAUAAACGCCCUCUGCAAAGACCGGCGUUACGAUGCUGCCGUGCGGGAAUUCCGGCAGAUGCAGGCAAAGAACCGUCAGCUGAGCCCGCACCUCUACUGCACUCUGAUCAACGGGCUGGGAUCGGCGAAGCGGCUCGACGAGGCGAUCGGAUUCUUCGAAGAAUCGAAAGCGAAGGGAUUCGUUGCUGGGCUUCCUACAUACAACGCGCUCGUGGGGGCUUACUGCUGGGCAAUGCAGUUCGACGACGCGUUCAGAGUGAUAGCGGAAAUGCGGAAUUCAGGCGUUCCGCCGAGCUCCCGUACCUAUAGCAUCGUUCUGCGCCAUCUGAUCAAGUCAGGGCGAUCGGCAGAGGCGUACGAGGUGUUCAAGGAGAUGGAAGAAGGCGGGUGUGAGCCUGAUCUGGAUACGUACACCAUGCUGGUGACCAUGUUCUGUGGGGCUGAGCAGGUGGACAUGGCAAUGAAAGUGUGGAAGAAGAUGAUUGAAAGGGGCGUAAUGCCGUGCAUGCACAUGUUCUCGGCGCUGAUCGGCGGGCUCUGUAACGAAAAUCGGAUGGAGGAAGCCUGUGAUUACUUUCAGGAGAUGCUGCAGAAGGGGAUUCGGCCGCCAGGGCCGAUGUUCAGCAAGCUGAAGCAGUGUCUCUUGGAUGAUGGAAAGAAGGAUCUGGCUUUCAAUCUGACCAUGAAGAUGGAAAGACUGAGGAAAGUCCCUCUUUAUGGUUGAUUACUAAUGUGAGUAAUUCUGAUGGGCAACUAAAAAAUGAGACGAGGAUGAGAGUUUUGGGAUCAGAGGCCGUUCAAGUUGCUCCAUUGAUGAUCAGGGAAGCCGCCUCUGCAGGCAACUCCGAUAAAGGAGUCAAGAAACAAGGUAAACUCCUUGUUCUUCAGCGUGGAAGGUGACCUGAGGUAGCAGGAGUUGCAUUCUCUCCGAUGCAACCAGAAGGGCCAAAAAUGGGGAUUUUUUUAGUUUAGCAACACGAGGAAACCUCUCCUGCUGGUGGCGUAAGAUCCUCAGCCGGACGUUCAUGGAAGCCUAACCACGUCGAUGGGAAUUAGGACUGCUUUGAAUUAAGGAAAUUAUCAGCAAAACCAGGGUAACUUGAGAUUUUGAAUGGUGUAUGUCGCAUGAUCUGACUAUGUUGGAUUAUGGUCAUGUCUUGAAUCCUUGGUUGUGAGGUGUAGUUGCCCAUUUACUUGGGUAAGUGAAUUUCACGAAAAGAAAUAUAUCACCAAUGCUUCUUUAGUUC